AUGGACCUCUACCGGUGGAGGGAGGGAUCCGUUUCCCAGUUCGAUCGCUUUUGUGACAUUGAAGAAUCAGUGCAGGCGAUCGCUCCCGUCGAGUCCUGUGAGUCCUCGUGCAUCACGAUAUUCGAGCCUCAGUAUUUUGGCGGAUUGAGAUCUCCUCAUCGCCCCUAUCUAUUCUUGCGCGGAUGUUCUUCGAGACUUUUGUCUGCGAUGGAAUCACCACCGCGUGAAGUUGACUUUCUUCAUCGUGCUGCUAUCUGUGUUAGCUUACCACUAUCUCAGAUUUACCCGAGGGUCUACACUAAUGAAGUUGUUGAGGUGUGUUCAUGCGUCAUGAACGGGUGUAACUUCCGGGUCCAGCCCAACACGUCGCCUCAAAUGUACUUCUCUCUACUGGUAGUUAUUGUUCAUAUUAACGUGUUCUUGUGA